UCUCAAGCGCAAACAUCUCAAGCGAUCCCAAGUCGUGAGUGAGAAUCAGAAAGCAAAGAUCAAAAUAUCUUAAAGUCGAAGAGAGAAAAUGGUGAAAAGUGAAAUGGAAUUCAAAAGCAACUUCUCCAUCGAUGCCAUCUUGGCCAAGAAACCCAACAACCCCGCUUCCCAGCCCAUCAAGACCGAACCGGUUCAUCAUCAUCAUCAGUACGUUCAUCCGUACUCCAACUCCGAUGGCGAACUCUCGGCUUCGGAGGAUUUCGAUAGCCCCAGCAGGACCAGCACUCCCAUGAGCAGUGCCGCCGAAAGCCUGUCAUCCCAGAACAACGACAAGCUCGAUGUGGAGUUCGACGACGAGCUGGAGGACCAGCUAGAAGAUGACCAGGAGAGCGAGGACGGCAAUCCCAGCAAGAAGCAGAAGAUCAGCUCCGGCAGCGACACCAAGAAGCCGCCUUACAGCUACAAUGCCCUCAUCAUGAUGGCCAUCCAGGAUAGCCCUGAGCAGCGGUUGACUCUGAAUGGGAUCUACCAGUACCUGAUCAAUAGGUUCCCCUACUUCAAGGCCAACAAGCGGGGCUGGCAGAACUCUAUUCGCCACAACCUGAGCCUGAACAAGUGCUUCACCAAGAUUCCCCGGAGCUACGAUGAUCCCGGCAAGGGCAACUACUGGAUUUUGGACCCCUCUGCCGAGGAGGUCUUCAUUGGCGAAACCACCGGCAAGUUGAGGAGGAAGAAUCCUGGAGCAAGCCGCACUCGUUUGGCUGCCUACCGCCAGGCCAUCUUCUCUCCCAUGAUGGGUGGUUCUCCCUAUGGAACUCCAGCUCCUGGCUAUGGAUAUCCGGCUGUGCCUUUUGCCGCUGCUGCCGCCGCCGCUUUGUACCAGCGCAUGAAUCCCGCCGCCUACCAAGCCGCCUAUCAGCAGAUGCAGUACCAGGCUCCCCAGACCCACCACCAUCAGGCUCCGCAUCCCGCCCAGAUCCAGGGAUAUCCGCCCCAACUGAACGCCGAGUUGUUCCAGCGCAUGCAGUUCUUUGGCAAGUUCCCAUCCAGCUAAACUGUGGAAGCCGGCGCCAAGCCAAGCCCAGCGCUUUGGAUCAACACAACCCAGGGACAAGGGUCGCUUGGGGAGGAGCUAGGAGAUCGAGUCCUACUCCAUCCCCCCGUGAAAACAACCCGUGACGUCUAAAUGCUGAUAUUUAGCAAAUUCCUUUGGUCAUUACCGUAGUGACCGCUUCGCUCCUUCAGCGGGCCCUUCGAAAUCGACCUGGAAAGUCGAUGGCUACAGCAAGGAAAGGGCACUGGAAGCUUCAGGACUGCCUUGCAAGGUCUUGCAAGUAUGCCGAUCUUUGCCAGCAGAGGACCUUUGUAGUUUGCCUACCAAUUUUUGUAUAUAUUAAAUUAAGAAUAAUUAUCUAAAAAAUAUUAAAUAAAAAACAUUAAAA